AUGAGUUCCAGCUACCUUGCAAACGUUCCGAAGCUGAAAGGACGCGAAAACUUCGAAGAUUGGGCAUUCGCGAUCGAGAACUUGCUAGUUUUGGAAGGCGCAGAACAGUUUAUCAAGCAAGAAGGAACUGAUGCUGAAGCUAGGUUAUUGGACGCAAGAACACGUGCUAAGUUGGCUUUGACUGUCGAUUCAUCGUUAUUUGUGCACAUAAAGGAGACAAAGACAACGAAAGAAUUGUGGACAAAAUUGCAUUCUUUGUUCGACGAUUCAGGAUUUUCGAGGAGGAUUACUUUGCUUCGUCAUCUGAUUUCUCUAAGGUUAGAAAAUUAUGAAAACAUGACGAAUUAUGUGACAAAUAGUAGAAACAUCUCAACGUUUAUGUGGAACAGGUUUUGA